AAAAAUGGUUAACAUUUGUCUGAUUUGCGAUUUCUUUUAUCCAAGAUUAGGAGGAGUUGAAAUGCAUAUAUUUUAAUUGGGAUUGUGUUUGAUGGAGAGAGGUCACAAAGUCAUUAUUAUUACUCAUAAAUAUGACAAUAGGGCUGGUGUUAGAUAUAUGACUAAUGGAUUAAAAGUAUAUUACUGUCCUUUCGUUCCAGCACAUGAAUAAGUUGUGCUAUUUACAUAUAUGGGGAGUUUGGCAUUAUUAAGACAAAUAUUAUUAAGAGAAGAAAUCCAUGUUGUACAUUCACAUGCAGCCACUUCAUUUUUUGGAGGUGAAUUAUUAUUACAUGCAAAAUCAUUGGGAUACAAAACAGUAUUUACAGAUCACUCAUUAUUUGCAUUUAAUGAUGCUGCAUCAUUUCAUGUUAACAAAAUAUUAAAAUUCAUUUUGAGUGAAGUAGAUCAUGCAGUAUCUGUGUCUCAUAUAAGCAAGGAGAAUUUAAGUAUGAGAGCAUCAUUAGAUCCUAGAAACAUAAGUGUUAUCCCUAAUGCAGUUGAUUGCAGUAGAUUCAAACCAGAUCCAUCAAAAAGGUAUCCGCUCAAUACUGUCAAUAUUGUUGUUAUUAGCAGAUUAACUUUUCGAAAAGGAGUAGAUCUAUUAGUAGAUGUUGUACCAACAAUUUGCAAGAAGUUUCCUUAAGUUUAUUUCAUAAUUGGAGGAGAUGGACCAAAGAAAAAAAUUAUUGAAGAAAGCAUAAAAAAACAUGGAUUGACAGACAGAGUUGAGAUGGUAUAAAUGAAAAUAUCCAUAUAGUUAGGAUCAGUACCUGGACAUAAAGUUAGAGAAGUACUUGUAAGAGGUCAUAUCUUUUUGAAUACAUCAUUAACUGAAGCAUUUUGUAUUGCUAUUGUUGAAGCUGCAUCUUGUGGUUUAUUUGUUGUUUCAACUAAUGUUGGAGGAGUGGUUGAGGUUUUACCUAAAAAUAUGGUUAAUUUUGCAAAGCCUGAUCCAGAUGACAUUUGUGAGAAAUUAGCAGUAGCUAUUCCUAUUGCUAAGAAUGUACCAUCUCAUUAAUACCAUGAACAAGUGGCUAAGAUGUACAGUUGGCAUAUGGUGGCAGAAAGGACUGAAACUGUUUACAAUAAAAUAUUAUCAUCACCUUAUCCAUCUUUAUUGGGUAGAAUCAAGGCUUGUUAAAGUAAUGGUCCCAUUUUUGGAUUGUAUUUAUUGAUAUUACUCAUCAUUGACUACAUUGCAAUUUUCAUUUUGGAUUUGAUAUUCCCAUAUAAAAACCUUUCUAAGCCUUUGAAAUUCAAUACAGAAUAUAGAGCGAAUAAAGAAAAAUAUGGUGAUCAUUAAUUUAAAAUAAAUUGA